AUGAAUGCUAAGGAGUUUCGCGCGAAAGCUGAAAGUGGGGAGGUGCUGAUUGACAGUCAUGAUAAGAUGUUGCGAAUAGCAUAUCUCUAUUCGAAUCAUCCGGAUCGUGGGUAUGGGUUGUGGGAGGAUGAUGGAGCGUUUGGUGUGGUAGAAGAACUCCACACGCGUGGCUGGUCAUUUGGCCAGGGAGAUUUACGUUUCAAUCGCACCCUUGAUAUAUUCUACCUAGCCCAGAUAGCAACCUGCACAUGGCGCUCCACCAACCACUUCAGCGACGACUUCGAGAUACCUUCUGCAGACGACUUUGACAGCUUUUACACCCAGCACAGCCAAUUACUCAACCAGGACGCAUGGAGACAGUUCUACUCACCCCCCUUCAUUGCGCAAGCAACCUCAGCUCGCUUGUACCGCAUGCCCGACCUACUAGACCUGCCUGAUUCCAGCGACCCGAUCGCGCAGCCACGCUUCCAUAGAGGAGUCGGCCACUUCACUAAACUCCCCCGCUGGGCAUAUAAUGUCGCGCGUACUCGGUCAAGACAAUCUACCCUGUCUGUAGCAGAGAUGACUCAGAUAGCCAUUUCAACCCUCAAGCAGACCAUCUCACGCCUCCGUGAAGGCGGCUUCCUAAGCGUUCAAACCUACUCAGAGACUCAAGCCCGCUUUUGGCUUGAAUAUAUGAAGGUGGAUCAGCCUAGCCCCUUACCCACAAGGAGGCAUGGAACUUUAACCGAUUUGGAACUCUGGGACUCGGUUAAAGGACAAACUACGCUGCUUGAGCCAGAUCUGGAUGGGACGCGCAAGGGUGAGGUGCAGUGGGCCGGAGGGCCGGACGGGGGGAUUGAGCCUCAGACGGAGUAUAGAGGGUUUGAGCCAGAGGUAGGGAGUGAAGAGGAGAUUGGCUUCCUAGCAGCUGUUGCAGCCAAAGAGACGGAGGGUGUUGUUGAUAUGGGCUAUUUGGACUAUACAAUCCGAUCGCACAUACUUCUAGGGGUAAUGCGUGCUGCAUUUGAGUCUGCUGAGCGGGAACAACAUCUGGACGAUCUAAAGCGGGGGAUAGCGGCAGCAGGUAGGAUUGAGGAUGAAACUAAGGCCGAGCAGUGGAUCCAAAAAGCUUUGACGCUUAUAGAGCCAUAUGUGCAGAAGGGAGAUACACAAUGGCCUAUUACAGUAGAGGAUCGGAGUGAGUUACUACGGCUUAUCUUGCUGGAGAAUGGGCAGCUUUUCGCAAGAUGGAAGCUUUCACCCAUUUCUAAAGAGUUUAAUUUCGAGCUGAAAGCAAGAUGUUAG